GCCGGGACUAUGUGGACAGUUCUUGAGAAAUGUUAACACGGAGCCAAACGCAGUUGAUGCACCAACAUACCAUCAGUGGGAAACAGUCUUGGACUCCUCUCUUAGACUGCUUCCUCAUCACCAUGGGGCUGUUUGCUGUGAGCAUCAUUCUGUCCUGCGCGAGUGCAAGCGCAGAAAGCGAAGGUGGCUACGAGCAUGGGAGGCUUCACUUGCCUUUCGUGGGGCAUACAACCUUCGGCAAGUAUCCGCCCUUGAGUGAUUGGACGGAGCUCCAACGAGUCCGUGAGCGCCCGGACUUCGCCGUGCUGGGAGUGCCCAACGACAUGGGCACUCAAUUUCGCAGCGGCGCACAGAUGGGACCCCGAGGCAUCCGGGAGGCGUCCACCUUGUACCAGUUCGGACACAAGGAGGUCUUUGAUGCCGACACGGGAGAGACCUACAGUUAUGGCUCCGUGCUGGACGUUGGAGAUGUAGACAUCGUCCAUACCGAUCAGGCAACCUCGUUGAAUCGCACUCAGGAGGCAGUCGAAGCCAUUUUGUCUGCCAAUGUCACACCCAUCAUCCUCGGCGGCGAUCACGCGAUCACUGCGCCUGUUUGUGCAGCCUUGCAGGUGCUGCAAAGACCUGUGGUCACGGAAGCGAAGGAGGGAAAGCCGGUGACCACGUUCUUGGUGCAGAUCGACGCGCACUUGGAUUUCGUGGACCAGCGUCAUGGCGUGCGCUUUGGCCAUGGCAACUCCAUGCGGCGAUGCUUGGAGCUGCCACACAUUGAUUCAAUGCUUCAACUGGGCAUCCGUGGUGUGAGCUCCACAGCCAAGAGCGGCUUCCAAGAUGCUGCUGCCAUGGGCUCCACCGUGCUCAGUGUGCGCAAGGUCCGUGAGCUGGGCGUUGCGGCGGUGGCGGAGAAGGUGCCCUUGGGGGCGAUGGUGUACUUCAGCAUCGACAUCGAUGGCCUUGAUCCCUCCAUCGCGCCAGGCACAGGAACACCAAGUCACGGAGGAUUCCUUUACUAUGAAGUCAAGGACUUGCUGCGAAGUAUUAUCCGGCGGGGAGAGCUAGUCGGAUUGGACCUUGUAGAGGUUGCGCCUCCAUAUGAUCCUGCUGGUGUGACCACCACCUUGGCUGCCCGCCUCCUGUUGGAUGCCAUGGGCUUUGCAAAAGCCGCGAAUGCUGGGAAGAACACUGGCCAUGCGGGGCAACCGCCGGCUCGCGGGGAGCUGUGAGAAAAAGAACCAGAUCAAUUUGAGCCAACUGCAGCACUGAUCAUACAGAACAAGGAUGAGUUG